AUCAAAUUGUUGGUCCUGAUCAUCAAAUAAUUUCAUGUGAUCAUAUCGAAGUAUUGAAUUCAUGGUUAAAUGAUUGGUGUACUUUCCAUAAACUUCGUAUUAUAUUAUCAUGGUUACUUAUAUUUGUGUGGUUUAUAAUGUCCCCAAUUUAUUUGUUUACCAUAUUAGCAAUUUUAAAAAAACGAAAAGAAAAAUCAAUGCAGCAAAAUGAAAUAAUAACUUACAACAAGAGUGUUAAGGAAGAUGCAAUUAAUGAUCUUAAAGUAGUUACUGCA